UCAGAGCGCAGCUCUUUUUACAGACAGUACAAUCUACCAAUCAAGCGUAGAGAAGUAGGUGGAGGCGUUUACAGGAACUGAAGGCACUUGGAAAGUGAAAACGUAUUAAACCUGUGGGCAGGGGCAUCCAAUUCAAUGCCCAGGUGGGUUCCUAAAGUACAAACCCGCUGAUGUACAGGUUUGGGAUACUUUUAGGAGCCUCCGCAGAUUUUCAUUCACGGUGGAUAUUGGAAAAUUAGACCUGGCAACCCUGCCUGUAAGGUUUUACCUGCGCUCCUCACUGACUGGAUCCUUGCCUCUCCCACAGGAUGCUAGUGGCCGUCUCCCUGUUCCUAACGUUAUUCCUGGGGGCUUUGGGGUGCAUCCUCUUGGUUCUCCCAUGGAAGAGUUGGGCUGCACAUAAGCGCUUGGUCCGGUUCUGGCGCUGGAGAUGCCUCCGAGCCCUAUCCAGAGCGGAGCAGCGGCACAAGUUGGAGAAGGACACAGCAGAUGCUGAAAGGAUACAGGAGAAGGUGCUGCUGGGAAUCUUAGGGGGGCUGAAAGAGACAGACUAUGGGCAGAAGCACCACUUCCGAGACCUGACAGAUGUCUCCUCCUUCCGGAAGCUGCACCCACUGACUGGUUACCAUGACUACAAAGACUGCAUUCAGCAGAUAUUGGAGGGAGCAGAGAAUAUCCUUGUGCCGGGAAAGCCAAUCGCAUUAGUGGCAACAGCGGGUACAUCCGGGGCCCCUCGCACAGUGCCAGUCACAGCCCACAGUGCAGCCGAGCGCUUCCAGCAGGGAGCCAUGGUGUCCCUGGAAGUCAUUCACAGCACUUUCCCUGGAGCGCUGGAGAAGGUGGCCAGGUUCUCCGUCCCACCGAGUAUUUGCCAUUCCAAAUCCGGCAUUCCCAUUGGUCCAUACCCCUCGGUAGCUUCCUAUACGGAGCAGCUCUACACCCCUGACGUCCCUAGUGAUCCCAAAAUGGCCGCCUAUGGCCUCUUGUACAUUCAGCUGCUCUUUGCCUUAAAGGAGCCCGGCCUGACCUCCCUGGAGACCAGCUUUGCUUGGCUCCUACUCAGAGUAUUUUCCAUCCUGGAGACCCAGUGGGAGACUCUUGUGAAGGACAUAAUGCAAGGCCGGAUCAGCCCGGAUCUGGAGCUUCCCCAGGACGUCAGAAAGCAGAUUGAGGAUAAUUUGUUAGCGGAGCCCAGGCGCGCCAGGGAGCUUCACGCUCAGUGUGAGAAAGGCUUUCUGGGCAUCGCUAAGAGGAUAUGGCCCCGGCUGCAAGUGGCAAUUACAGUGUGCUCAGGCGGCAGUGAGUUGGACUGGCAGUUACUUAGAGAUGUGCCGUGUCAGGGAGUUACCCUUUAUUCUCCUUUAUACUGUGCAGCAGAGGGGCUGUUUGGGGUGAACAUUUCUCCCACUGCUGUGGCCCCUCGCUAUGUGUUGUGCCCCCGCUCAGCAUUCUUUGAGUUCAUCGCCGUCGGAGUCGGGGCGGAAGGAUCAGAAGAAACAAUAUGUUUGCAAGAUGUUUGUGCUGAGAAAGCCUAUGAGCUGGUUAUAACCACCAGAGACGGACUGUGCAGGUACCGACUGGGGGAUGUUGUACGAGUUACUGGUUUCCACAACAAAAGCCCCAUCGUGGAGUUUCUGUACCGGAAAAGCCAGACCUUAAGCGUCCGAGGAGAACAAGUGACAGAAGAUGAGUUCUACAGGGUCUUACUGCGCGCUGUGGGGCUGUGGCCUGGGGUCACUCUCAUCAACUACUGCUGCGCAGAGAGUGGCAUUCUGGGGCACCUGUCUGGAGGCUCAGACCCUCAUUAUGAAGUUUUCAUUGCAGUGAAGGGGGCCAGAGACCUGUCAGAAGAACAGAGAUAUAAGCUGGAUCAAGUUCUUCAGGAGCAUUUCCCUCUGUACAAGUCCUUCCGAUUUAAAGGCAGCAUUGGACCGGUCCGUGUUCACCUGACAAGUCCCAAGUCCUUCUAUAACCUUCUGGAGCUUAGCUCCUCCCUCUCGGGAGCCCCCCUCCAUACUAUACAGCCCCCCAGAACGCUACGAUACAGGGAGCUGGCUGAAAGUAUCCGGAAACAGGUCCUGUCCUGACCGUCCAAGGACCAAAGAGAAUGAUCUAGAACUUCUCUACUGAUUAUGAUCAAAUAUUUAGCGACCAUUUAGAACUGCGCAGUUACAGUUUGAGCAGUUUGUCCUUUAUUGGCCAUGACUGCUGCUUUUUUAUAUUAAUAGAGACAUAUAAAUUCAGAUACUAAAUGAGAUUUCAGAUGCUUUGCCGAAAUAAUCAUAUGGCUAAAUAAGCAAAAUGUGCAUUACAUUACCCAGCAGGAUGGAUCUAGAACCUCCAGUAUAGCAGGUUCUAUAUCAGGUUCCAGAUAUUUCUCUAGGGUAGUGCUUUUUGUAUAUAGACAUGCAAUUAACCAAUAUAUCACAUGUAUACGGGCUGGAUUAUGUAAAAAAAAAAAA